UCCCACUCCCAUCCACACACCCUGGGCCCUGGAAGCAACAAGUAACCAGUAGUGUGGGGGAGGGUCCACAAAUGUCAGAGGUGAGGGCAGCAGAUGUUAGACCCAGAGAGCCCUCUGCACCAAGUGAGCCUGUAAGGCCUCCAGGGACGGACUUGCCAACAGCUGGACUUGAUCACUGAGAUCAUGCGUUGGGUGGAAUAACAAGCAGACUUGCUCUCCUGCUGUACAAAACAUUGUUCUUCAAGGAUUUGCCUCAGCAGCAGCUAGAAAACAGGAGACCACCCCCCUGGAACCCUGAGUCUUCUUUGAGAAAUUCUACUCCUGAGGAGUUUGCAGAAUGAUGGUGGCUCUUCCGGGAGCUUCUGCAGCAGUGCUGGUUCUGUCCCUGGCUGCAUUUCUACCCACACCACAGCGUGCACAAGACCCAGCCAUGGUGCAUUACAUCUACCAGCGCUUUCAAGUCUUGGAGCAAGGGCUGGAAAAAUGUACUCAAGCAACAAGAGCGUACAUCGAAGACUUUCGAGAAUUCUCCAAAAACAUAUCGAUUAUGCUGGGGAGAUGCCAGAGAGACACCAAUGAUUAUAAGAGCGCAGUAAAUAACCUGGCACUGAGAGUGGAACGGGCCCAGCGGGAGAUUGACUACCUGGAAUAUCUCCGAGAAUCUGACAUAUGCAUAGAGUCAGAAGAAAAGACACUGGCAGAAAAGCUACUUCAGGAAGCCGAAGAAGACAAAAAGGUCCGAACUCUGCUGAACGCAAGCUGUAACAAUAUGCUGAUGGGUAUAAAGUCCCUUAAAAUAGUGAAGAAGACAAUGGACACAGAUGGCUCUUGGAUGAAAGAUUCUGGCAGUGACUCUGCAAAGGUGUAUCUCCUAAUCGGAUCCAGAAACAAUACUGUCUGGGAAUUUGCAAACUUGCGGGCGUUCAUGGAGGACAGCAGCAAGCCAGCCCCUCGGAAGCUAAUUCUUCCUCUCUCCUGGCAAGGAUCAGGUCAAGUGAUCUACAAAGGUUUUCUAUUUUUUCACAACCAAGCAACUUCUAACGAGAUCAUCAAAUAUAAUCUGCAGAAGAGGACUGUGGAAGACCGCAUGCUGCUCCCAGGAGGGGCAGGCAAAGCGCUGGUUUACCAGCAUUCCCCGGCCACUUACAUUGACCUGGCUGUGGAUGAGCACGGACUCUGGGCCAUCCACUCAGGCCCAGGUGUUCAAGGCCAUUUGGUUCUCACCAAGAUUGACCCUGGCACACUGGGAGUGGAGCACUCAUGGGACACUCCUUGCCGAAGCCAGGAUGCCGAAGCCUCAUUCCUCUUGUGUGGGGUUCUUUACGUGGUCUAUAGGUCUGGUGGCCAGGGCCCUCAUCGCAUCUCAUGCACCUAUGAUCCCCUGGGGUCUAUCAGGGAAGAGGAUCUACCCAACUUGAUUUUCCCCAGGCGGCCAACAAGUCACUCCAUGAUCCAUUACAACCCCAGGGAUAAGCAGCUAUAUGCAUGGAAUGAAGGAAACCAGAUAAUUUACAAACUCCAGACAAAGAGAAAGCUGCCUCUGUAAUAGUGAGUGUCCUAUGAGAGAGACAGAGAGAGAGAGAGAGAGAGAGAGAGAGAGAGAGAGAGAGAGAAUAGUUGUCUAGGACACUGAGACCAUGACCUUUUGGUGUAGUAGCAUUUCUCUUGUCAUACCCAGGAAUGGGUCUAGAAGGGUGAAUACAUACGUGUCUUUUCCAGGAGCUUAGAAAUUUCCAACAUCUAUUCUUCAUCCCAAACCUCCAGUUCUCAAGGCCUCCUACAUUCUGACCCAGCUUAUUCCCAGCCUUCCUUUGCUGCUUUCCUUCAUUUGCUGUAACUCUACCCUUCCUCCUCAAAUAAUCAGAAUCCUGCCUCAUCCUCUGAUACUGUUGUUUUAUUUUAUCCUCUGGCCUUUGAUUAGGCUCAAAUGCUUAUAAACAGCCUUUAAAUUUUUUCAUCCUCCAGCUAAAGUAUUAUUUCUUAUUGACAUUUAUUUUCCUCCUUAUUUGCUCUUUCCCUAAGCUAGGGAGAGAUAGUAAUCGAGUAAAAACAUGAACAUUUUGAGUGCUACUUUCUAGUGAUAGUCUGCCCAUUAUUUUCCUUUCCAACCUUGUGAGAUAUGUACAAGUCUUUACAAUGGCUGUGAUGAAGAGAGUAUUUGGGGGAGUUAUUCAAAGCACAACCGUAAAAUUAAAGAACUAGAAAGUACCACAAGUCUUUUGGUCUUUCCAUCACCCAAGGAAACGUCAAAUACAUGUAUUUGUCCACCCCA